AUGAAGCUCCUCAGUGUCGCCCUCGCCUCUCUGGGCCUUGCCUCAGCGGCCUCUGUCACAAAGAAGAUCAGCUACGAUGACUGGAAAGUGUACCGAGUCAACGUCGGCUCCGACACCGCCAAGUUUGGCAAGGUCGUGAGCAAGCUACAGCUGGAGACGUGGAAGGGCAAGCCGGCGACCAGCGACGUUGUCGAUGUCAUGGUGCCACCCUCGCAAAUUUCGGAUUUCGAGGCAUCCACCAGCGAUAUCGAGACCAAGAUUAUGCACGAAAAUCUCGGUCUUUCUAUUGCUGACGAACAGGGCUUUGAGGUCUAUGCUGCUGGCCUUGCCCCCAACAGCACGUGGUUCAACUCGUACCAUACAAUUGCUGACCACAUGCAAUGGGUUACGGAUCUUGCGGCUGCAUACCCCAAGAACUCUGAAGUGAUCUCCGCCGGCAAGUCUGUCGAGGGGCGGGACAUCAAGGGCAUCCACAUCUGGGGCAGUGGAGGCAAGGGAUCGAAGAAGGGCGUUGUCUGGCACGGAACCGUCCAUGCACGAGAAUGGAUCACCACCAUGGUCGUCGAAUACGCAGCCUACCAGCUCCUCUCCUCCACUGACGCUACCACCGCCGCCUUCAAGGACAAGUACGACUUCUACAUCUUCCCCAUUGUAAACCCAGACGGCUUCGCCUUCACGCAGACCAACGACCGUCUGUGGCGCAAGAACCGCCAGACCACACCAACAGCCAGCUGCAUCGGCCGUGACAUCAACCGAAACUGGCCCAACCACUGGGACCAGCGCGCCGGAGCCAGCACCGCCCCCUGCGACCAGGACUACAAGGGUCCGUCGUCCACCGACGGCGUCGAGACCAAGGCGCUCAAGGCGCAGCUCGACAGCAUCGCCGCAGGCAAGGGCAUCCAGCUCUACAUGGACAUCCACUCGUACUCGCAGCUCUGGAUGUACCCAUACGGUUACACCUGCUCCGGCGUUGUCCCCCUGUCCGCGCAGUACCAGAGCCUGACCAAGGGCGCUAUUGCCGCCGUCAAGGCUGUGCACGGAACCACAUUCACCGGAGGACCCAUCUGCUCGACCAUCUACCAGGUCAGCGGCUCCAGUGUGGAUUACGCGUCGGAGAAUGCAAAGGCGACGUUCUCGAUGACGGUCGAGCUCAGGGACACGGGCACGUACGGCUUCGUACUGCCUGCUGCGCAGAUCCUGCCCAGUGGAGAGGAGAUGUGGGCCGGUCUCGCGUACGUGCUGAAGAACAUGUAG